AUGUCCGGAGAUGUGUCUGAAGACUUUGAGAUCGAAGAAUCUGCCAUCGUCGAGUGGGCAAACGCCAGCUUAACAAAAGAUAUACCAAGACACUCAUUGCGACUACUCAUCGGGGCACCCGAAAACCACGAAAGCGAUGCGGAAAUCCUACCGCUGCCAUUUUCUUCAUCUACGUACAACGCGAUCUGCCAAUCAUGGCACCUUCCGUCUGAGCUCCUCCGUAUGGCUAUGAGUACUUUGCCGUUGGCUGUUGCCUUUGACGCUGCCGAUGUAGAUGGCAGCCCACUUAAGGGUCUCAUGUUGAGGGUUGGCAGAUCACGAGAUUGGAAUUUCUGUCUGGGGUUGGUGCAUUGUCCUUCUAAGGGGAUUACCUGUGGCAUCCUCACUGGCAUGCAGCACGACGAAAUCGAAAAGCUACUAUGGUGCUUACGUGAGUCCCGCAUUCAUAUACGUGAUCCCUUGCUAUUGCCAGUUUUCUUAAUCGAACUGAGGGUUCAUUUCUUCGCGCUCUUGUUGGAGAAGAGAGCACUUGGUAUUGAAGGCAUCGAGCAUUCGACUGGUAUGCGUCAUGGUUUUAGCACCGAUCCCCGGAAGCUUGCUCUACUUGACCAUGAUCGCAAAUUAAAAGCCAAGAUGCUGGAUUUCGACCCAAUCACUCAAAAGCUUACGGGAGUGACAGGAACCUUGAGCUUCUGUGACAUGACUUUCAGCUCCAGCAAGAGAGCACUGGAGGUCAUAAUCAAGAUGAGAGCAGCAAUUGGAGCCGGAAACCAAGCCUCUACAGCAGGAACGGGAGAUCCAUGCAUGACUGGUGCUCUAAGCAGGAGAAUCGACUACCUCAGUGAACUGAUCGAGGGUUCACAAGCCUAUGGAACUGUGCUCUCAGCUAGGACCAAAGCACAAGUACAAACGGUGUACUCUAUGAUAGGCCAAAGAGACAAUCGGGUCAACAUCGAAACCGCCGCGGCAUCUCGUGAAAUUGCAGAAGAUUCGCGACGAGUGGCAGUUCUCACCAGGAAAGACAGCCUCGACAUGCGAAUCAUAGCCGGUGUGACUCUUAUAUUCCUCCCAGGAACAUUCAUGGCAACAAUGUUCGGCUCCGGCUUUUUCAGAUUUUUGCCAGAAAAUUCGACGCAGCUGGUGUCGGAAUGGAUCUGGUUAUACUGGACUUUAACGAUUACCAUCACAGCAAUAGUGCUUCUAUCAUGGGUUUACCUAUCCAAACGGCACAGCCGCAUAUUUUUUGAGAUUGAACGUGAACGUUCGCUGUUGUCGUUUUCUCGUGUCGGAGACGAGGGAUUGAUCAAACGGGAUCAGAUAACGCUAAAAGCUGAACGUUCGCGUUCAUCAUAA